CCAUACAGCUGCGUGCGUGCACAGCACACCUGUAAAAUGCGUUGCUCUUAAUUACAACAUAAAUGGCGAGUUUGUUAAAAUAUACGAACUGCCUCCUCUAUUUGAUGAUGUCCCUGUUUGUGCACGGCGUCCCUUUUGCGGAGGAAAGUAUAGUACAAACACGGGGGGAAAAAUCACUUGAACUCGAAUGCGGAGAGGUUCAAAUGAGAAUAACCGCGAAGCGAGAGUUUUUCGACGACAGACGUGUCCCGUUCAGCCCUGAAUUUCUUCAAGUCGGAGAGAACACGGUGCAGCAGAGCUCGUGUAGAGCCGCCUCAGAGGGAGCCACACCUGUAUCUGAGAUGGUCAUCUCUGUUGGAUUACAAGAAUGUGGGACUGAGUCCAGGGUUCAUGGGGAGUGGCUUGUCUAUUCCAACCAGUUGGUGCUGUUUCCUGCAGUUAUUCCAAUCUCUGGAGGUGGUUUGAUAGUCAGAGGGGCAACAACUGUUGUACCACUUGUGUGCCGUUAUAAGAGAAAGUGGAGAGUAAGUGGAGAGCCAUUGACCCCGACCUGGCUGCCCAUGACCUCCACUAUCACUGCCUUUGGCCUGCUGCACUUCUCUCUUCGUACCAUGACAGAUGACUGGAGCUCUCCACGUAGUUCGUCAGUGUACCAGCAGGGGGAGGCAGUGUUGCUGGAGGCUAGUGUGGAGGCUCCUCUGCACCCGCCUCUCAGGAUCUACGUAGACUUCUGUGUUGCUACACUGAAGCCUGACCCUCUGUCCUUGCCCAGCUACAAAUUUGUCACUAACCAUGGAUGUCUUGUGGACAGUGUAGUACCAAAGUCAUCCUCUGAGUUCCUUCCUAGGGAGCAAGAUAACAGGCUACAGUUCAGUGUCCAGGCCUUCCUCUUCAGCCAUAGGUCUGGGGACCAGAUGUUUAUCAACUGCCACCUCAGGGCUACUCUAAGACACAAUCCACCUAACCACCUCAACAAGGCCUGCUUCUUCCACAGAGCCACAUUCAGCUGGCGUGCCACAGAGGGAGACAGUGUUCUGUGCAGCUGCUGUGACACAGAAAACUGCAUUAGGCAGACUGGAGGGAAGACUGAUGAUCACACUGGACACACCACUCAGCCAGGAACAGGAAAGGAGUAUGAGGCAGACACAGAAGUUGGCCCACUUCACAUCCUGCCAGUCUCCCACUGGACAGGCCACUUGUCAGUCAAUCACUAAAGAGCCUUUUUCAACUUUAUCUCAGCACACACUGCAAUGACGGGGUUCCUGUCCUAGAAUUUCCACUCAACAUAGAGGAUCACAGGUGACAGGGCAGUCGCAGCGCUGGUGGUCCUCAUGGGACAACAAUACCCCAUGGUCUCAACAAAGUGAAAAGAUUAUCCUCUUACUGUGGACGCCUGUACGCUGUGAGACAAUAACUUCCGACCUCGCCAGCGGCUACUGCUCUGGCUCCUGCGUCCCUCACAGUCGGUCCCCCCAUUCUUUUAUUACAGCUUCCUGUCUUGUGUCGCGCCAGAGGAGCAGACCUGGCUGGCUCCGGUCCCAAAAACUGAAUGAGAAAGCAUAACGUGCGCACACACACACACACACACACACACACACACACACACACACACACACACACACACACACACACACACACAGACACACACACACACACACACAGACACACACACAAAAACGUGCUUUCCCUCCUGCAACAGUCAUGCACUUUCACGGCCUUCUAUUUACUAUGAUGUGAACUCUCCCUCCCCUUGCUGUUUGCAUCACUGACUCCGGCCUGUCUUUGUUUACUAAUCAUAGGGGUGGGUGUGAGGAAGGCACAGCGAGAGUCUUUGGGUUCAUCCCCAACUUUAUGUUACCCCUCCCAUUUUAAAUCAUUCUAAAUCCAAUGACUGUGUCCCAUUCCAACCCAGGAGUCACUGUGACGGGACGCUCCUGCCCCCACAUCCCCCACAGUCCCUCACCUCCCACCCCAAGCCCCUGCCCUGAUCGCGAUGCAUGGCUUGCAGCACGUACCUUGUCUCCUUCUCCUCUCUCUCUUUCAUGUUGGCUCAGACAGAGCAAACAGCCCUGGAGCUUUGAGCAAACAGUGCAACAAUCUGUCAACAUUGUCGUCAGCUUAGCACUGCACUGACCAUAAGAGUUUGAGCUGACUUGAUAUAUAUAUACAUAUACAUGUAGAGACUGACACUCAAGUUUGAAUAGAAUGUGUAAGGCUUACAUUUAUAACACCUGAUAAAUAUGGCAGUGAACUAGUAUGAAUUUGAAGAUAUUGCCUUCCAGCUGUUAUGUCUUGAUUACCAUACAUUUUUCCAAUAAAAUUGGUGAAAAUAAAAACACUACAAUUUGGCGACAGAUUUUUGCCAUUUUGGCAUCAAAUUUUGAGAAAAAGAACUGUUGACCCACAACCCCAGAAAUCAUUAUAGACCUUUACUUAGGUAUAAACAGUGUUAUAAUGAGGUAUGCAUGCUGGCACCUGGUGUGUACCUUUAGAUAAACCAUUACUUCCUUUCGCCCCACCGCCCACCCCUCUUCAUGACACAGUGUAUACUUCCAGGAAAUUUCAAGUAUGGUCCUCUUUCAAAUGGCAGUGUGAGGACACAGGGCAUAAAGGGGCCUAUUUGAGGAGCCAAAGUGCAGAAAAUGGAGUUGUGGUUGGAUGCCUGGUAACACAUCCCAUCUAUCACUCAUGGAUUGUCUUUAUUAGAUAUAAGUUGUGUAGCAUGCUGUUAUGUUGGAUCCAAGUUUUUUUUGCUAUAAUUUCAUUAAUGAUAACUGAACACAUCCACAAAGAUUCUAUAAUAUGACAGUGCAUAUCAUACACUAAAUAAUUAAUGCCAUUCCCAGAGUAUAGACUUAAAAUUGUCUCUGGUGGGAUAACCAGCCUGUCCUAGGCCUAUUUGUUUCAUUGUAUCACAAGGAAGCCAUAUCAAGAGGAAACUAUUCAAAGAAUGCCGUCUGCUACUACAGUGGAUGAACUCCAGCCCUCUCGCUGAACUUGAGCAGUUUCCUUGAAAGAUUUUCAGCAUCUUCCUGUGGCAUGCCUUCUGUUUAGAUAACUGCUCAGAUAAGACAUUGUCACUUUACAUGCACAGGUUGGGGUCAAUCUCAUUUGGAUUGAUAUCAAGUUUGUUUAAAAGUCAUUUUACAGGAAAUAGUAUUUGUAGUUUAUUAGUAAUUAUUUCCCGUUGUGGAACUGUAUUGUACCAAUUCUUUCAACACAAGCACAAGAAACUGAUGCUUAUUUUUACUGUGCAUCAGUAAUUAUUGUCCAAAAAUCUGAAUAAUUCUCAAUAAAAAUGUCA